GCUAGGAACAAGGAAAAGGUCUUUUGACUAUUAUUGGAAGUUUUAAUGAGUGAUAUCGUGGUUCAUCUUGUCUGUGUUGUUACUCUUUCGUAUAGUAUUUGUCAUCGCAGUCAACUUAUUUUCCCUUCAGAACUAGUAAAUUUGCAUCAUAACAGUCUUCUUGUAUUCUUGUGCCCCAGAGCAUAAGACAGCAAUAGAAUAAGCACCUUUCGACUGUUCAUUGUUAUCUUCUGUGGCAGAUUGUAUGUGUACGAGUUAUUUUGUACGCAUAGCAAAAACCACCAAAUGUCAAAUAUUCCAGAUAAAUCAGUGAACUUUGGCUGUUCAUCUGCUUAACCUCCCAGGACUCCCUCACUGCUCUCAGAGCAAGCGAGCACAGAGUGAUUUGAUGUUAUUCUCCACGUUGUACAAUCCCCAGUAGAUCAAGUACCUUCAGUUGUUACUGCAUCAUAACAAAAAUGAAUUGGACAAUGACAUCACCAGUGGUGAUGCUGUUGCUUUUGUUGCAUGCAACAGGCCUAGCUCAAGGAGAAGUAACUGCAGGCGAAGAAUCAGUUGAGUUAUUGCCAUCAGAUGUUCCAAUGACUAUGAUGGAAAGGUUAACGCUGGGACAAGAUGGAGGAAUAAAGGAGUUUUUUGAUCUAAGAACCAGCUUGGGUACCAUUACUGGACUGAAAGAGCCAACGCGGCCUCCCCAUCAUCCAAACACACACAUGCACGCCUUCAGAGGUAUCCCAUACGCAAAGGCCCCUGUUGGAGAUUUGCGCUUCGCUGACCCCAUAGACCUGGUAGGUCCGUGGCCAGGGAACUAUCUAAAUGCCAGUAAACUUGGGUCAGUCUGCCCUCAGUAUGACAGGGAGGGCAAGAGUGUUUUGGGAGAUGAAGAUUGUCUUUUCCUCAAUGUUCAUACACCAUCCCACCUUGAUGAGGAAAACCGAGCAGAGGGCAGCCUCCUCCCAGUGUUUGUCUUUAUCCAUGGAGGUGGCUACAUCAGAGGGUCAUCGUCCCCCCACGGAGCUGGAAAACUCCUUUCUAGGGAUAUCAUUGUUGUUACCAUCAAUUAUCGUCUUGGAGCACUAGGGUACCUCAGCAUGGCGGAUUCAGUUCUUCCUGGCAAUUAUGGGUUCCUUGACCAAGUCUCGGCUCUCAGGUGGGUACAGAGAAACAUAGCUCAAUUUGGAGGGGACCCAAACCAAGUCACCAUAGGAGGUUUUUCUGCUGGAGGUGGUGCUGUUCACUUUCAUAUGCAUUCGCCUCUAUCCAAAGGUUUAUUUCACCGUGGAAUAAUGCUAAGCGGAGCAGCUUCCUGCGCCUGGGCUCUGAUACCUGCUGGGCGAGAUCCCUUGAUCGGAGCGCAGUUACUGGCACAGAAUUUAGGAUGCCCUUCUGGAAAUUCAAAGGUCUUACGGGAGUGCAUUGCCUCCCAGAACUUCAAACAAAUUGUCAAAGCCCAGGCUUCAUUAUAUAAGUAUGAAUUUGGCCCAAACUGGUUUUUGGGUGUAAUUGAUGGAGGACUUCGCCCUGCACCCUUCCUCCCAGCACCUCUGAAGGAGUUAACCCUUCGUCCAACACCCUCACUUAUAAGCGUUGUCCCCCAGGAGGGUCUGCUUUUCGUCGCUACCAUGCUUAUGCUCUCGGAGAACAAACACAAUGCGACAGCCCUCUACGGUGAGUUCGCACGAAACAUCUUCAGAACCUGGCCAGAUCUCAAAGCACGAGAACAUGUGAUGGACUUAGCUGAAGCUUUUUAUUUCAGCGAACAUGCCAAAACAUCUCGUGAUGUUUUUGUGGAACAACUCAGUGAGGUAAUAACCGGUUACAGUUUUUUCCAAUGCAGUUGGGAGGCAGCAGCAUCCAUUGCUGAAUCUGGAGCACCUGUUUACACUUCUGUCAUGACUCACCGUGACCCCAGCAGUCCAACAUGGGCAGGACCCCUUUAUAAGAAACUAAAGAAGAUGGGAAUCAAGACGUCGGCCCUUGACACGUACGUGUCGCAUGGAGAUGACCUGCUUUACCUCUUUGAUUUUCCUUAUGUCCUCAAGGAAGAGUCCAGCAGAGACCAGAGGGUGGGCCAGAUGAUUCUUCAGAUGUGGGCAAACUUCAUCAUCACUGGAGAUCCUCAAGACGACUUGGGUCGUUUUUCUUUGGGGGACAUCCCAAAAUGGGAACCUGUUGUACCUCACCAGCCUCUUGGCUACUAUGAGAUAGCUGUUGAGCCCUCUAUGGUACACAGACCCUUCAAUGUGAAGGCAGUACGGGGAAUCAAACUCAGGACUACUGAAUCGGUAGGCGAGCACUUAAACCACUCGUCCAACAAAGAACUAUCAUAUGUUGAAACCUUGUGUUGGUUUCAUCUCAUAUGUAAAGAAAAUGAUAAAGAUCAUAUUGCUUCUACAAAAAUCGGCAGGCUGUGGCGUGGAAGGAUGUGAACAAACCAUAGCACAGCCCUGGUGGCUGAUAGCGGGACUACGGUGGUGAACAAACCAUAUCGUCGCUAUAAGCCUAGAAACGUUUACAUUCGGUAUUAAUUUAUGGUAAACCUUACACGGAGUCAACUGUAAUACUGUAUACAAAAUCACUUUAAAAUUAUCUUUCAGUAAAUGUUAUGAUACUAA